AUGAAAGGACUCACACAGAUGAGAACCUGUUCAAAUGCAAUAUAUGCGAAAAAAAUUCAUUCGAAAAGUGUUCUGGUUGUACAUAAAAGGACUCACACAGGUGAGAAACCGUUCAAAUGCGAUAUAUGCGAGAAGAAUUUCACUCAGAAAGGCAGUUUGCUUGUACAUAGAAGGACUCACACAG